GCUGAGCUGAUUACCUACCCGUGUGACUCCAAAACAACCAUCCCAGACAAUGGCGCUUGAUCUCGACGACUGGGUCACAAACUCAAACGAGUGCUUUCACAUCAAUCUCUACCGCACCGCCAACGAUGACGGCCCCGAGCGCAUCCUCGACGACUCGUUCAACCCGAGCUACACAUAUACCGUCAUCGAGGAGAAUGAGACCAUCGCGGGGUACAAGAACCCCAGCAUCGAGCUGGACUUCCGGGCCAAUGAUAUGAAGCCCACGUUGAAGAUCUCCUUCGACCAGGAACUCGACCUCAAGAAGAUCUCCCCAGACCUGAACCAGGUCAACCUGUCGCCAGAGCUGUUCCGCGAGUACCUCCCAGAAUCCAUCGACGACGUUGCUGGCGCGACCUCUGCCGACUGGAAGCCGCCUGGCGAACUCGCAAAGUCCUUCACUCUGUACGGAAAGCAGUACGAGAUAUGGAGGGCCCCCAUGUCCGAUGCCGACGCGCGGCGCAUUUGGAUCAACAUGAGGAUCUUGGCACUGCUGUUUAUCGAAGGCGCAACAACAGAGGGUUUGGACGAUGAUGAGACUCUCGAUCGGUGGACGCUGUACUUGUUGUAUGAGGUGGCGCCUCUGGAAGACAAAGCACUCUCGCCUUACACGCUCGCUGGUUUCGCUACAACCUAUCGCUCUUGGAUCUUUCCCACAUUUGAGAUUGCGCGCGCGACAAAGCAGUUGCCGUCGCCUGCUGAAAGCACUAGUGGCGAGCCUGCCAAGUACACGCCACCCCGUCUACAUCAGGACCCUGAAACCUUUCUCUUUACCGACAAGCUCGAUCUCCUCCAAACACCAUCAAGAGAACGCAUCUCGCAAUUCCUCGUGCUUCCUCCAUACCAGGGCCAAUCACUCGGAAGCCAGCUAUACGACACUAUUUUCCACGACUUGGUAACCAAGCCCUUCAUCUACGAGAUCCCCGUGGAAGAUCCCAGCGAGGCGUUCGAUGCCAUGCGGGAUUACAGUGACAUUACCUAUCUGCGCACUUUACCCGCCUUCCAGGAGUUGUCGGUUGCUUCAACUCUCCCGUCAGAAUCAUUGAGAAAAGAUUCGCCCAUCCCGCGAGACCAGAUUCUUGGAAACGGCAAAGACCUCGAAGAACUCCGAAAAGAAACCAAGAUUGUGAGCAGACAGUUCUACAGAAUGGUCGAACUGCAUUUACUCUCAACCAUUCCUCCAAACCACCGCAGUCGGGCUCGAAUAACACGGAAGGAGAGAUCGAGCAAUGAAAACGACCGAAGAUACUACUUUUGGCGUCUUGCCCUGAAGCACCGUAUUUACAGUCAGAAUGCCGAUGCGUUGGAUCAGAUGGAAGAUACUGCGGAGCGCGUUGAGAAGCUCGAGUCGGCAGUCGACAGUCAGCAGGAAGAGUUUGAGGAACGGCUAGAGGGGCUGGAAAAGCGCCAAAGCCUAGCAGCCGAUGAGACAGCCGCUCCGCCAGCUGGCGCGAGGAGCAAGAGGAAACGAGCGGUGAUUGAUGAUGACGAGGACGACGAGUGGGAGGAUAUUGAAGAAGUUUCUGUGGCCAGCUCCAAGAGGAAGAGGUCGUAAAAGUGGGAUAUUAAGGUUUGGAAGAAUUUGAACGGUGGCUUAGUAAUUUCUGGCAAUUUGAGUGAUCCCGAAACCAUGUACAACGGGCCGGCCGUAUUGGUAGCUUAGGCAGUAUACCCAUUGAUGUUACUCUU